AUGAUUGGCCUAAUCCCCCCACACCAACGUGAAGCCAACAUUCACUUUCCGCGAAGAACCACUUUCAGCUGCAAGUGCUUGGCUCAAAUUGACCCCAACAGUAGGACGCUUGUCGCUCUGACAACUAAAAAUGUCUACAAGCUACCUCGACAGCUCUCUCGGACCGACAUCUCACGACUCCCGUUGGCUAUCCUUGACGCGAUUUCACAUUUUUUGCUUGACGAUCCAACUGCAAAAAAUGAUUGUAAAUGUUGUCAGCAUUAG